GCACCAUACCGACAGACACGCCAGUGAACAGGGGAGAUACAUUCAUUUGAUGCCUAUGCAGCAGUUGGUCGCUUGUCUCUGUUUUUGGAUCGUUUCAUCUAAAUUAUCAGCUGUGCCUUCUUACGUCGUUAAGAGCAGAAUAUGCUCAUUCUGGAGCACGUGGAAAUCUAUCUGUAGAUACGGGGCUGCUGAGUUAGCGUGCCUCUCCAAGGCUUUGGUGAGCGCAAGGAGUCAGUCGUAUUGGUGCAUCGGCUGGAGACGAGUAAGAGGUGCGGAUAGAAUAACUGUACAGCCUGGAGAUCCGUAAGAAAAGCAAUAAUGGGCUCGUUAAUGUUGACCUAAUUCAAACAGUGAGUGAGAUUAUGUCCCUGUGGAAAUUCCGAGGACGGACUUUGCGCUCCCUCCUAGGGGACGAGGGCGCGGGGGGUUGUUCCCCAGAAGAUUAGCAUACGUUUCUCCCUAUGGAAUGCGGAGACGUUGCGAAAACCCCCUCCCCGGUAUUGAAUCUUGGAGUGAUUUGAUUUUUCUUAGGACUAUUAAACGAAAUAAACUCAAGUGACGUUAUUUGUGUUUCGAUGUGAGAGAGAUUGGAUAACAGCAAACAUAACCAUCAAUGAAUUUAAAAACAUUGACGACAGAUGACUGUUUCGAUCUUUCUUUACCUAAUUAUAAGGUUUAGUAAAAUCUACAUUUUUGGGCUGCAGCAAGCAAAAAGUGUUCAACGUAAAAAUAACUGUUGGCUUUGAUCUGUGUCGGAACAGCAGCAGCAGCAAUAUUUCCUGGAAACAAGACCGCUGCUAGGCUAAUCUUUGUUGAGUUGCAAAUUGGUUUGGUCGCUGUCCAUGGUGCUGAUGUUCCAGGAAUGGUGGAGACGCUAAGUAUCGCUGUUAUCGGAGCUCCCGGAGUCGGGAAAACUUCCAUAAUCCGUCAAUUUAUUUAUAAUGACUUCUCAGAGGUUUACACUCCAACCCGAACCAGGUAUGUGUACAGACCCUCUGUCAUUUUGAACGGUAACAUGUACGACCUGAAGAUUUUGGAUGUCCCGCCAAUUUCGUCAUUCCCCUCAAGCUCGAGCCAGGAGUGGCUGGACCUACGCUGCAGAGGGGUGCGUAAUGCCAACGCGUACAUCCUGGUCUAUGACAUCUGCUGUGUGGAGAGCUUUGAGUACGUCAAGAUGAUCCGCCAGCAGAUCAUGGAGCACAGGGAGGGUAGCAGCAGUGAGGUUCCCAUCCUUGUGGUGGGCAGUAAAAGAGACCUGCAGCGCCAGCGCUUCAUGCCUCGCAGGGCCGUCUCUGUGCUGGUCAAGAAGACCUGGAAGUGUGGCUAUGUGGAGUGCUCUGCCAAGUUCAACUGGCAUGUGGUCCUGCUCUUCAAAGAGCUGCUGGGCAUCGCUGUAGGGCGUGGCAUGAAACAGAACCACACCCCUGGGAUCCGCCUACAAGGGGCGCUGCAGAGGAACCGCUGUACUGUCAUGUGACCCAGUGGACUCCCUCCGGUGUAGGGUGAAGUUGCCCCAGUUUUGCAGUUUUCCCACUAAUGAUAAAGGUUAGGAUUGAGGGAAGGGAAGCUGACCCUAGAUCUAUAACUAGGGGAAACUUCACCCCGGAGCACUUCCUUCCCUCCUAUGUCAGAGCCGUAGGAACCUCAGUCACACCUCAGGGGGAAUUGUUAUACAGAGAAGACUUCGAUCUAAAUGGCUGGAAAACACCCCGAGGCCUCCUGCUUUACUGAGCUCAUUUUCAUAUGAGGUUUAUCUGACUCGGAUCCUGUAGCUACUAGGACUGACAUUGGUCCCUGUACUAGACGUGCAUCUUUAUCACCUAUCACAACACCCCAGUUCUGUCACAAUGUUCCCAUUGAGAGGAAGGAGGAAGAGGAGGAGGAUGAAGAAGAAGUUUUGUCAAUGGAUUUUGAGGAGUAGAACAUCUACUUCCACAGCUCUGGUCACAGGUCACCCAAACAAUUAGCACCACACCACCAGCUGUGGCUCUGAGCUCCCCAGAUUGCAAGGCAACAGCUCAUACAUGCUGAUGGUUGUCUGCUGGGUUGAGAGCUUGUGGACUGUGUGCAUCUAGUGGGAAUAAGUAUCAUUACUGACACGACUAGGUAUUCUCUCCAUAUUAGCUUAGUCUCAUACAUGUGAGUGGGAAGAAUGCAACUUCUUUAAAAGUUUUCCUUUUUUUAAACUUGAGGCAGUGUGAUGUGAGGUAGAUAAAUGCCCUGGCUGUCAUACUUGAAAUUGCAUUAUUCUAAGAUCGAUGCACCAUAGGAAAGGCUAGGUUACAGGGGUUGUGUGGUAAAUGUGGGUGAGUCAACAAGAUGGAUGGCUUACUCUUGGUUUAGUACAUCCACUUCCUCUGUUAGGGGUAGCAGCACCAGAAACCACAGCUCUCCAAAAUGCCCCCUAAACAGUAAACCAAUUCAUUUCUUGUUCAGGAAUUGUCCUUGUACUCCAGGUAAACAAAUAUUCACUGAUUGGAGGUGCUGGUACAAAAUUAUAGUGCUGUCACUCCCUCUUCUCAUUUAAAGUCUAUUGUUUAGAGGGGAUGUGAGGUUAUCUUGCAUCAGAAAAACACUGCUGUCGCUAUCAUGAUGAAGGACUUUAAUCCUCCCUUCCUUCCGUCUUCCUCAGUCUGUGUGCUUCUGAUGAAUACAUUAUAUCAAUGGUGCUCUGGUGCCUGCAGGAAGCUAGAGGGGAUGUCUGGCAUAGAUAUUGAAUGUGAUGCAGGGAUAGUAGGCAGGGGGUGUGGUUUUAAAAUGCUUGUAAGGUUAAGCCCAGGUUGAUGGGCAGGGUUAGUGAAACAGAAGGCCAAUGGAAGGAGAAUAGAAAGAAGUAGAGACUAUAUUAUGGGCAAUAAAGCUGCAGAGCACCUUGACCAGCACGACAAGUUGUAUCCAACCACACACACCCUCUACAAGUGUAGAAUGCCUCACAUAGAAUGUAUUAAACCUCCCUGCUCUAGGAUAUACCCAGACCACCACACACAAGAGAGCAUACACCCCCAGAGCAUUCCAAUAUAUUAGCAUCCUACCAAACAAACAGAAGACUUUCUGGAAAUAUCAAAGCAGUGUCUGAAUUGUGCAAGAUAUUUAUAUUGUUUGAGAAUGUGGUAAACAUGUGAUUGCAGACACCCUGUGACAAUGUUUGCACUGAAAAUGAGUACCUGUAUUGUACGUAUGUAUGUGCAUCAUUGAUUUGCAUGUUGUUGCUGCCAAGCCAGCAGGUCAGGGGUUAAUUGCACUGGUGUGAUUGUGUAGCUGUAAUUUAUUUACCUGUGUGUACUGUAUAUGGUUAAUAUUGGAGACUAUCAAAAGCAGGUGAGGUGUGUGUGUGUGUGUGUGUGUGUGUGUGUGUGUGUGUGUGUGUGUGUGUGUGUGUAUAUGUGUGUGCGCGCACAGGCUUCAUUUUACUGAAAUGAUAGUUAGACAGAUUUCUUAAAGAGAAAGAUUAUGUAGCAUCUGAGAGUAAUGGUAAUUUAUCGAGUAACAUGAAUGGCCAUCCAUUUAAAUUAGACUGUUUGUGUAAGUGUGUCAUGUUCCAACAUCAAGGGCUAAAUUUUCUAACAGAAACAUCACUUUUUUUUCAAUAGUAGGUGUUAGCUGUUUUGUUUUUGACAAUGGUCAAAUUAAACGUGUUGCCCACAAUA